GUUCCGCCGGAAGGGGCGGGCGGCAGCGGCAGCGUGGGGCCGCCAUGGGCCGCAAGAAGAACAAGAAGGGUCCGGGCGGCCGCGAGGGGCGGCUGGUGGUGACUUUCGACGAGGAGCGGCGGAGGGAGUACCUGACCGGCUUUCACAAGCGGAAGGUGGAGCGGAGGAAGGCGGCGCUGGAAGAGAUCAAACGGAAGCUGAAGGAGGAGCAGAGAAAAAUGAAAGAGGAGCGGCACCAGGAGUACCUGAAGAUGCUGAGCGAGAGAGAGGAGGCACUCGAGGAGGCUGAUGAACUGGAGCACUUGGUGACGUCGCGGACAGAGUCUGUGAACAUCGACCACCCAAACCACAUCGUAACAGUGACCACCAUCAGUGACCUGGACCUCUCCGGGGCACGCCAGCUGGGACUGACCAGCCCCGUGGGAAAAAGUGAUGGAUCUGAAGAGGAGAAGGGGGAAGAGGUGGUGAACAAGCCUGUAAGAACAAUGCCCAAGAAGUCCAGAAACCCCUUCCUGUCUGAAAAAAUCUCUGCUCUUACUGCCACGCUGCACAUGCACAGCCGGAAAAAGACAAAAGGAAAGAGAUCCCAGCGUGGGCAGGGCCCACGUAAGAAAAUCCAGAAGCCCAGCACAGGGCGAACCACCAAGACUCAGCGACGGAGACUGACGGGCAAAAUGGGCCGUGACCAAGAUUAACAGAAGCUAAUGUUCGGACCACCAGCUGGGACAGUACUCCACAUCUGGCCUGCUGCUCACUGGGACCCUGUCAUUGUGGGCAAGCACUGUGUUUACUUGGGAUUCUGACUAGCAGUGAGUCCGGCUUAGCCUUUCUGUAGCCUCCUGAACGCUGGCCAGGGUGACUAGACGCUCUACCCAUUUAUUUUUGCAGUGAUCUCCAGCUAAGUGUCUGGGUGCCACAGAACCUCUUAAAAACUUCUGCUGAAGGUCACAUUCUCUAUUUGGCAUAACCCUUCUGUCCUUGGGGCCCCCUCUUUCGGAGCUGAUACUUGGCUUUAUCAAAGAAGACGAUCUGGGGCAGAGUCCAACAGGCACAUCAUUGUCAGGGCAAUGUGAGAGACUUGGAAGAGCUCUGCUUGCACUCCUGCAACAGCGCCCUGGCAUUUCUGCUGUGCAGUAAAUCCUUUUUCCAUGGAGCCAUAGUGUCAUCUUGUCUCGUGUGUUUCUUCACCACACACACAGUGCCACACCUGAAUGCAGGGGUGCUUUUUGUUUGGUACUUGUGCCAGGUGAAAUUGGGUAACUUUGUGAAUAAAUUUGAAGUCAUUUUGCUAAGAAAAAAAAUCUGUGACUUAUUUGAAGCACGACAGGAGCUGUGCUAAGGCCGGUACCAACUGGAAAGAGGGGGAAGUAAUUCCUGGUGUUUAAAGGAUAUUGAAAUCCAUUGGUGCUUGGAAAAUGGAAUAGCUAGGAGCUAUUUCUGUGGCAAGGCAGGGCCAGCUAGAGCAGGAAUGGCUCAUUCCAUUGUCUGCUGAAUAUGCCGAUCGUAACUGCGAUAGCUCAGGGGAGUAUGAAAUGCCCUAAUGCCCUUGCUUGAAUGUGUGUGGCCCUCUCCAGGGUGGGAGUGGCAGAGGCUGCCCUUGCCCUUUACCUCAGGGUUCCUGCAGUUAUUAGCAGCUAAUUGCCUUUCUUCUUAGGACCUCAGUGUAUGUUUUUUAGCGUGGUUGCCUCCGGCAGAGGGAGAGAAAAAUCUUUGCAUGGUUGGGAUUUAGGAAUACUGGUGGCAAAACUGAGUGAAUCCUCUGAGGAGGAGAGUGAGCCCACGCAGCAUGCUGGCCUCUUUCCUGGAGUAUUGUGGAGUAUUCUGCCUCUGUCAGCCAGGCCUCCUCCCAUGCCAUGUGUGCACUGGAAAGGAAAUGACAAAGAAAGAAAAGGCCUAUGUGUCCAAAACCCACACCAGAAAAAUUUGCAACCCAGCAAUGGGCAAGUAAAUAGAUUCCUCAUGCCAGAAAUGGGAGGGAAAAGAGUAAACCAGUGCCUGAGGCUGCAUGGAGGAACAUCAGAACGAUGCUGAUGGCCACCAGCUGCUAAAGCGAAUGGCACCAGCCUGAUGUAUCUCUCCAUUGUUUCUUGGAGGGUGUGCACACAGAGCCAUCCUCCGGAGUGUGUUAAGGGGGAGGGUAUGAUCUUAACACUGGCAGCAGCAGCGCAAUUUCUGCUGGAGGGAGGGUUCUGGAGGGAACCGGGUGACACACGUGCUUGUGGUAAGAUCUGAGGUCCUCUUGCACUUCCCUUUCCCUUCUGAAGAAGGUAAUUGCUGGGGAAACGGACACUGUUAUCAUUGGUGCCUUGGAUGCUUGGAUUCAGAGUCCCACCCUGGGCUGAGUUCUUGGACGCUAGCACUGGAUAAACUCAGUCACAUUAUUAA